AUGGCCUCUCUGCCUCUCCUCCUCUCCCUCUGGGCCUUGACGGCGACGGCCGCGCCCGCCAUCAAGGACGGCCGCGUCGCCGCGCGAUCCCAAAUCUCGCCGAGCUGCGGCAACAACGUGUGGGUGAGAAACUCGCUGAAGCAGUGCGCCUCGCUGGCUCGGACGGCGGCGGCGACGGCCAUGAACACGUCGAGCACCCUGAUGAAGGACUUUUUCAAGUUCGAGGACGAACGAUCUCGCAAGUUCGUCUCCGAAGUCUACGCCAUGAUUGCCGAAGAGUGCGAGUCGGAAGGCCAAGGGCUGGUGACGAUCAACUGCGACGAAUCGAGACAGCCGCAGGGCUGCACCUGGGCCGCGGGCAUCACCCAGGGCCACGAGGUCACCCUCUGCCACGGCUUCUUCAUCAACGGAGACAACAGGAGCCCUCGCUGCGGUGGCAUCGACGCCGGCAACACGAUGCUUCACGAGAUGACCCACGCGCUGAACGGUACCAAGGAUCUGAGCCAGUUCGCCCCCUCCAACAGCCUCGGCGGCUACGGGCUCAACUUCAUCUUCAGCCUCAACGGCGAGAACAACCUCAUCCACGCCGACACCUACUCCCAGUUCGCCCAGGCCGCCGACCUGAGCUGCAGCGAGCAGGACCUGAGGGAUCGUGCGCAAAAGACUCCGGGCGAAGGGGCCGUCCACGGUGCCGGGACUUCGAGGGACCGGGAUGCGGACGAGUCGGAGGCUCCCCCGGCUCGCACGCCCGGCACGGGCCCGGGUCGAUCUCUCCAGACACCCGGAUCAAACCGUAACGACCCCUUUCAGGGCCAAACGCCCAGCAUCCCGGCCCAAUCGGGCCAGGCACCUCCGCGGAACACAAUGGACCAAAAUCUCCAGGGAACGGGCCAAUUCUCCCAGGGCCAAUUCAACGGCGGCGCCGGUACGGCAACGACGGCACCUGUCCAGCCGCAAGACUUGGGCGGCAUGCUGUCCUCGGCUGUCUCCGCCGGCCUCAGGUUUCUGGGCGGUUAA